AUGGAAUUACCAAGGAAAGAAAGUCGUGGGUCAGGGAUACAACCGUUCCAACUAGUGACCCCACAAGAACUUAUUGAUAAAGACAAUAGUGCAAAUAAUACUGCAACUGCAUCUACAGCAACAGACGGUGGUAAUGUAUCACGAACUACUAAUGCUUCCAAACAAUCGACAAUGAUGAUAUCUACUGUGACAAAUGGUUCGCAGACUGAAAACUCAAAGAAAGCGAACGUAGAUAUCGAAAUGGAAGAUAUUGGUAGACGAUUAUUCCAUCCAUCGUUAGAAAAUACAAGAGAUUUGGAGAAUGAAAUUGCUGCAUUAAUACAACAUUUAAAUAAAAGACAACGUUUAAUGACAAAUACUAAUAUUAGUAGCCAAACUCCAGAUAUUGUAAGUGAUGCGAAAGUAAUAGAUGUAUUAAAUAAAUCACUAAUGGCACUAUCUCAUUGGACUUUACAGGGGCAACUAUUACAAAUGUCAGAUUUAAGAAGAAAUGAUAGUGUUAUUAGUCAUAAUAGAACUUCUAUUAAUACACCGUUAUCGGAAAGACAAAAUAACAGUGUAGAGGGAACUCCAAAGCAUAGAAUUACAACAACGGCCAAAAUGUCAAUACUAUCACCUCCAAGACAACCACAGAUUGAAAUAUCACCAAAGACUGCUGUAGUACAGACUAAUGGUCCACAGAAAGUUAUACGAUUUGGUCGUAUACGCAAACCUCGUCAAUCAAAGACAAUAGAAAUUCAAAAGCCUACGCUAAUAGUCACUAACGCUGAUAUACCAACGACUACACCAAGUAUAACAGCAGCCACUUAUCUUACAUCUCCUACAAACAAGAACUCUUCUCCAAUGAAUGUCAACAGUAAUAAUAAUAAUAAUAAUAACAACAAUAAUAAUAACAACAACAAUAAUAAUAAUAAUCAUCACGACACUGAAAUCACAACAACUACACAUGGAGUAUACAAAUUAUCAGACAGUGAAAGUACUCCAGUCACGAUAUCGACGCCGACAACAGUACCAAAGAAGAGAAAGAAAAGGACCUUUACACAAGCAACAAUGACACAUACCAUAGAUCCAAAAUCUAGGAAUGAACAAAUCCGAGUCUUUCAAUUCAAAAAAUGA